CGCCUGCUUUCCCCCUCCCUCCCCUCGCUCAUCCCCGCCCCGCCAUGCCGGACCAGAUCUCCGUGUCGGAAUUCGUGUCCGAGACCAAUGAGGAUUACAAGUCGCCCACCGCCUCCAACUUCACCACCCGGAUGGCCCAGUGCAGGAACACGGUGGCGGCCAUCGAGGAGGCUCUAGAUGUUGACCGAACUGUUCUCUAUAAAAUGAAGAAAUCUGUCAAAGCCAUAAACUUAUCUGGUCUGGCUCACGUGGAAAAUGAAGAACAGUAUACACAAGCACUGGAGAAGUUUGGAGGCAACUGUGUUUGCAGGGAUGACCCAGAUUUGGGAACAGCGUUUUUAAAAUUUUCUGUGUUUACAAAGGAAUUAACUGCACUCUUCAAAAAUUUGAUUCAGAAUAUGAACAACAUAAUCACUUUUCCAUUGGACAGUUUGCUGAAGGGAGAUCUGAAAGGAGUAAAAGGGGACCUGAAAAAACCCUUUGAUAAAGCUUGGAAGGACUAUGAAACGAAAGUUACAAAAAUAGAGAAGGAGAAAAAAGAGCAUGCUAAGCUACAUGGAAUGAUCCGUACAGAAAUAAGUGGAGCUGAAAUUGCAGAAGAGAUGGAGAAAGAAAGAAGGUUCUUCCAGUUACAAAUGUGUGAGUAUCUACUGAAAGUCAAUGAGAUCAAGAUUAAAAAAGGAGUGGACUUGCUUCAGAACUUGAUCAAGUACUUUCAUGCUCAGUGCAAUUUCUUUCAGGAUGGGUUAAAAGCAGUUGAAAGCCUCAAGCCUUCAAUUGAGACGCUCUCGACAGAUCUUUAUACAAUUAAACAAGCACAAGAUGAAGAAAGAAGACAAUUAACACAGCUUAGGGAUAUUUUAAAAUCAGCACUCCAAGUUGAUCAGAAAGAGUCUAGGAGAGAUUCUCAGAUUCGCCAGAGUACAGCUUACAGUUUACAUCAGCCUCAGGGAAACAAGGAACAUGGCACUGAACGGAAUGGCAGUCUGUAUAAGAAAAGUGAUGGAAUCAGAAAAGUGUGGCAGAAAAGGAAGUGCUCAGUUAAAAAUGGUUUUCUUACAAUUUCCCAUGGUACAGCUAACCGACCUCCAGCAAAGCUCAAUCUCUUAACCUGCCAAGUGAAAACAAACCCAGAGGAGAAAAAAUGUUUUGACCUCAUAUCACAUGACAGAACAUACCAUUUUCAAGCAGAGGAUGAACAGGAAUGUCAAAUAUGGACAUCUGUGCUACAAAACAGCAAAGAGGAAGCUUUAAAUAAUGCAUUCAAAGGAGAUGAUAACACAGGAGAAAAUAAUAUUGUCCAGGAACUGACAAAAGAAAUUAUAUCUGAAGUCCAGAGGAUGACUGGAAAUGAUGUUUGUUGUGACUGUGGAGCACAAGAUCCUACCUGGCUUUCAACAAAUUUGGGAAUUCUAACUUGCAUUGAAUGCUCAGGAAUCCAUAGAGAACUCGGUGUUCACUAUUCCAGGAUGCAAUCACUUACAUUAGAUGUGCUGGGAACAUCUGAACUUUUGCUUGCAAAGAAUAUUGGUAAUGCUGGGUUUAAUGAGAUUAUGGAGUUCUGUCUGCCAGUUGAUGAGACGGUCAAACCUAACCCAAGCAGUGAUAUGAAUGCAAGGAAAGAUUAUAUUACUGCCAAGUAUAUUGAGAGAAAAUAUGCAAGGAAAAAGCACGCUGACAAUGCAGCUAAAUUGCAUGCUCUUUGUGAAGCAGUCAAAUCAAGAGACAUUCUUGGUUUAGUUCAAGUAUAUGCUGACGGCGUGGAUCUCACAGAAAAAAUACCACUGGCCAAUGGCCAUGAGCAAGAUGAAACAGCACUGCACCUUGCUGUUAGGUCAGUCGAUCGAACAUCACUUCAUAUAGUUGACUUUUUAGUGCAGAACAGUGGCAAUCUAGAUAAGCAAACCUGUAAAGGUAGCACAGCCCUGCAUUACUGCUGUCUAACAGACAACGUUGAGUGCCUCAAACUGCUGCUGAGAGGGAAGGCUUCUAUUGAAAUAGCAAAUGAAGCAGGAGAGACACCACUAGAUAUAGCUAAACGUUUAAAACAUACUCACUGUGAAGAGUUGCUUACUCAAGCACUGUCUGGAAGAUUUAAUUCUCAUGUUCAUGUAGAAUACGAGUGGCGGUUACUCCAUGAAGAUCUGGAUGAAAGUGAUGACGAUGUGGAUGAAAAGCUGCAGCAACCCAGUCCCAAUCGGAGAGAGGACAGGCCUGUAAGCUUCUACCAACUUGGGUCAAACCAACUUCAGCCUAAUGUAGCAUCCUUGGCAAGAGAUGCAGCGAAUAUUGCUAAGGAUAAGCAAAGAGGGUUUAUGCCAAGUAUAUUACAGAAUGAAACAUAUGGAGCAAUACUGAGUGGCAGUCCACCUCCCGUUCAGCCUGCAGUACCUGUUACAAGUAGUGCACCUCCUCUACCUCCAAGGAAUAUUGGCAAAGUUCAGCCUUCAGUUCUUGGCAGUGGUAUUCAGACAAUUUCUUCAUCUAAUGCAAUGUGGAAGACAAAUUCUUUAGGAGUGGAAAGUAUAAGCAGGCAGAGGUCUUCAUCUGAUCCACCAGCUAUUCAUCCCCCUGUGCCGCCAUUGCGUGUAACAUCUACAAAUGUACUUUCUCCAGCACCACCACCUCCAGUGGCAAAGACAGCCAGCAUUAUAGAAGCUCUGAACCAGCAAUCAAAGCAGCAACCAGCUCCUCCACAAACUAAGCCAACCCCACCACCAUUGCCCCCACAACCUCCGAGUAGAAUCUCUCAAAGAAAGCCUAUUCCUGGGACUGAGAAGUCAUCUGGCUUAACUAACAAAGGGCAGACCAGAGGACCUGGGUCUCUACAACAACCUGCAGGAGAAUCUUCUUCUGUAUGUGACAUUCCAGGAACACAGGCUGGUUCUACAACAAAUACUUUGGCACAAAUCCAGCCACCAGCACCAAUGCCAAGGAAAUCACAAAUAUCAAAAACUAAACCCAAGAGAGUAAAAGCAAUUUACAACUGUGUAGCAGAUAACCCAGAUGAGCUAACUUUUUCAGAGGGAGAUAUUAUUGUAGUUGAUGGUGAAGAAGAUCAGGAGUGGUGGAUUGGUCAUAUUGAUGGAGAUCCCAGUCGGAAAGGAGCUUUCCCUGUAUCAUUUGUGCACUUUAUUGUUGACUAAAUUGCUACUGAUAAGCGGAGACAUUUCUCAUUUCCAGCAGUCACAGAAAUAAGUUUUGUUCUAUUUCAUUUCACCUACCUAUCUGCAGACACCUUGCCAGAGCACUGCCCAAGUUCUAGGUACUGUAGUUUACUUUUUUAUUGCCAUCAUUCUGAUUUGGGGACUUUUAAAACUUUUUUCUAUGUGAAAACUUCUCAUAAGCAGUUUACACUUU